CCCCGCUCCCGCCCCCCUUUCCUUCCGUGGAUGAUUUAAGAGCAGCGCUAAGAGUCCGCGGUGAGGCUUGGACGGUUCCGCGGGGCUUUAUGGCUGCUUCUGGGAUGCUGAGCACUUUUCGUCUCCCGCCGUUGCCCACGAUUCGAGAAAUCAUUAAGUUAUUCAGGCUGCAAGCAGCGAAGCAGCUAUCCCAGAAUUUUCUCCUGGACUUGAAGCUGACAGAUAAAAUCGUAAGGAAAGCUGGGAAUCUGACAAAUGCUUAUGUUUAUGAAGUGGGCCCUGGGCCAGGGGGAAUCACAAGAUCCAUUCUCAAUGCCAAUGUUGCUGAACUUUUGGUGGUUGAAAAGGAUAGUCGAUUUAUUCCUGGCUUACAGAUGCUUUCUGAUGCAGCACCUGGAAAACUGAGAAUUGUCCAUGGAGAUGUAUUGACAUUUAAGAUAGAAAGGGCUUUUCCAGGAAGUCUUAAAAGACAGUGGGAGGAUGAUCCUCCAAAUGUACAUAUUAUUGGAAAUCUGCCUUUUAAUGUAUCAACUCCGCUGAUUAUCAAGUGGCUUGAAAAUGUUUCUUGUAGAGGUGGACCUUUUGUUUAUGGCAGAACCCAGAUGACGUUGACUUUUCAAAAGGAAGUGGCAGAGGUAACUCACCAUCGUAAAAAUUCCAGCUCUGCUGCUGCCGUUGUUGCCGCGGCCCAUUACAAAGGCUCCCACUUGAAGCGCCAGCAGCUCUGGAGGUACUUGAAGUCGGGGGUGCUGGACACGCUGACCAAGAAGUCUACCAUGCCACAAAAUGAUGUAUGUUUGCUCACGAUGAAGGUGGACGUGGGCGUGGUGCACUUCACCCCCCUGGUGCAGCCCAGGAUCGAGCAGCCCUUCAAGCUGGUGGAGAAGGUCGUUCAGAACGCAUUUCAGUUCCGGAGGAAAUACUGCUAUCGAGGGCUUGGAAUGUUAUUCCCUGAAGUUCAGCGCGUGGAAAGCACUGGAAAACUGUUAGAGUUGGCAGACGUGGACCCUACCCUUAGGCCCAGCCAGCUCUCUGUUUCACAUUUUAAGAGGCUGUGUGAUGUAUACCGAAAAAUGUGUGAUGAAGACCCACACCUCUUUGCUUAUAAUUUCAGAGAAGAACUCAAACAAAAUAAAAGCAAAACUCAGGAAAAAGAGGACGACAAGGAGAGAGACAGACUCUAAGAGCGUAUCGAAUGUUGCUUUCCACAAUGUUAAGCUGCUCAGAUGUGUACUUUUUGUCUUCUACAGAAGGACAAUAAAAAUACGAUUACCAUAUGUGACUUACUUCCCUUUUACUGUACAGCUUGGUAGAGAAAAUAAAUAUAAUCAAAUAAGA